UCGAUUGUGUAAUACUAGGAUGUGGGAAUUGGAAUGCGCAUUGCACAGUCUUAGUUAAUUGUUUAUGAAAAUGGAAUGCGCAUUGCACAGUCUUAGUUAAUAUAAUAUAGUAAAUAGUUUAUGAAAAUGGAAUACGGGGGCGUGUGGCUGUUAUUGUUGAGCGUGUCAUGUGUAUGAUUGACUCGAUUGAGUGCGUGCGUCUCACGCACGCAAAACAACAUUCACACGGAGUCGGAGUGACAUUGUAACAUCGAUUAUUACCUAUUUAGCGUUUAGUACAUUUUAAUAUACAAACUACACGUAUUGUGUGCUGAAUGCGUGGAAUAUAGAUGGGUAGGUCGUAGGUUGCAACACGCCAGCCCAGUGUUGUAGAUUGUUGACUACAGACUUGUCUUGUGCAUUGUGCAGUUGUACUUAGUAGUUGCCGGUGUGCGGUCUAUGGUUGAAGGAGUGUUACGUGUGUCUGUAACGAUAUUUUUCCAAUAGAAGUCAAACAUCGCAUUUAAAAAUAUAGUUAUAAAUUUAAUAGAAAAAACAAGAUACAAUAAUAAUGUCAAACAAUAAAGAGCCGGCUGAUAACCAACUCGAAGAUUUUAAAAAAUCUGUUGAGAAUACUCGUGUUAUUAGGACAGGGAAUGGUGCGCCAGUUGAUGAUCAUACUAAUACAAUUCAAGCUGGAGUAAAUGGACCACUGGUGUUACAAGAUCAUACUUUUUUAGAUGAAAUAUCGCAUUUUGACCGUGAACGAAUUCCAGAACGAGUAGUACAUGCUAAAGGAGGAGGUGCAUUUGGUUAUUUUGAAGUAACACAUGAUAUUACAAAAUAUUGUAAGGCUGAUAUAUUUUCAAGCAUUGGAAAACAAACUCCUGUUGCUGUAAGAUUUUCUACUGUUGGUGGAGAGAGUGGAUCAGCUGACACUGUUAGAGACCCAAGAGGUUUUGCUAUAAAGUUUUAUACUGAAGAUGGAGUUUGGGAUUUAGUUGGAAACAACACACCAAUAUUUUUUAUAAGAGACCCAAUUUUAUUUCCAAGUUUUAUUCAUACCCAAAAGAGAAAUCCAGUUACCCAUUUAAAGGAUGCUAAUAUGUUUUGGGACUUUUUGACUCUUCGUCCUGAAUCAUUACACCAAGUGAUGAUACUGUUCUCAGAUCGUGGAAUUCCAGACGGAUAUCGUCAUAUGAACGGUUAUGGAUCUCAUACAUUUAAAAUGGUCAAUUCUUGUGAUAAUGCAGUUUAUGUUAAAUUUCAUUUCAAGACCGAUCAAGGUAUAAAAAAUUUGGAUGUUAAAAGAGCUCGAGAUCUUGCAGCUGAUGACCCAGAUUAUUCAAACCGUGAUUUAUUCAAUGCUAUUGCUAAUGGUAACCAUCCAACUUGGACUCUCUAUAUACAAGUGAUGACAUUUGAAGAAGCUGCUGCUAAUAAAUUCAAUCCUUUUGAUAUUACAAAAGUUUGGUCACAUGCUGAUUAUCCAUUAAUACCAGUUGGCAAACUAGUAUUGAAUCGUAACCCCACCAACUAUUUUGCUGAUAUCGAACAAAUUGCUUUUAGCCCAGCACAUAUGGUGCCUGGUAUUGAACCUAGUCCUGAUAAACUUCUCCAGGGACGAUUAUUUUCUUAUAGUGAUACACAUCGUCAUCGUUUAGGAGCUAACUAUUUGCAGUUGCCUGUAAAUUGUCCAUAUCGUUCAAAAGUCACCAAUUAUCAACGCGAUGGGCCUCAAGCUUAUGAUAAUCAAGGGUCUGCACCAAAUUACUAUCCUAAUAGUUUUUCUGGACCAGAACAACAACCCGCGUAUCGCAUGUCUUCAUUUGAUGUUUCUGGUGCUGUCGCCAAGUAUGACUUAAGUAAUGAUGAUAACUAUACCCAGGCAGGUUUACUUUAUAGAAACGUUUUACCUAAAGAUGAACAAAAUAGAUUGGUAGAAAAUAUAGUAGACAACUUAAAACAUGCUGCUGACUUUUUACAAGAAAAGGCAAUUUAUCAUUUCACUCAAAUUGACGAUGGUUUAGGUAAAGAACUUAGAGAACAUUUGAAGUUGGCCAAGUGUUCAAAAGCAAAUCUUUAAUAAUUUUAAUAAACCGAAUAAUUAUUUAAAAUAAAUAAAAAUCACAAAUUAUAUAUCUAUUUUUUUUUUAGUUUAUUAAUUCUUAAAAUGCUGUGUAUAAGGCAAACUGUAAUUAUUCAAGUGACUUAAUAAUUUUAUAAGUUUAUUCAUUUUAACUUUAAAAUCACAUUUAUGUAUUUCAUAUUAUAUUGAAUAGUUUAAAAUCAAAACAUUUUUUUAAAUAUAUUACCUAUUAUAUUA